GCUCUUUGGGUUAACCAAUCAGAUUACAUCAGUUUUUGGAAGAGAAAAUUUGUAUUCAUUGAAAAUAAAUUCUAAAACAACACUUUUUUCAACAUAAAGUAUCUUAUAUAGUUAAAAAUAAACUACUUCGUCUUCCGGAGAAGGAGCAAUGCAACAAACAAGCAGUGGAGAAGUGCAGUUACGAUCUAGAAGUGGUCGAGCUUCGAGGCAAAAAGCAGUGGACAACGUAACUAAAAAAUUUCUACGAAAUUUCGAUCCUGAACGUAGCGAAAGAGAGAAACGUAAAUUACAUCGUCGUUUAUAUCAAGGAAAUAAACGGCAUACUUUGUACAACGAAGAAGGUAUUUGGAUUAUAACUGGAGACAAUUUAUGCGAUUGCUUAAGUUUAGAAUGCGCAGGAUGUCAUUUUCCAUGUCCUAAAUGUAGAUCUCGAAAAUGUGGACACGAAUGCAGGAUCAAUCGUAAGUGGACUUACGAUACUGUCGAAAAUGAGGGUAGUGACAUCAUAACGAAAAAUCCAAUACUCAAAGAAACCUAAAUACGAAUGAGGUUUGGUUUUUAAUCUAUUUUCUUUCCUUUUCUUUUCUUUUAAUCAAUAAACAUUUGCCAAUAUUUAUCUGCAAUAUCGAAUAAUAUAAGUAAGCAAAAUUUGUAUAUACAUUUGUAAAAAAAAGAAAUAAGAAAACUAUAUAUAA